AUGACGACGCCAAAUCUUUCAACAGUUAAUGAUUUUAUAUCAUCCGGUGCUAUUGUUGCAAUUAUCUUGGGUUCAAUUUUUGGACUUGCUCUAUGUGUUGGAACUAUUAUCAUAAUUAUAUGUAUAAUCAAACAUCGCAAUCAAUCAAGAUGUCCAAUAAUAGACCAAAUGAGUUCACAGCAAACAUAUGCAUAUCCUCAUUCAUGGGCAUCGCUUUAUCCACCAGAGACAACUAGUAUUACGAAUUAUCCAUCAGUAUAUGAUUCGCCGCCACCUUAUGUUGCUUCGACUUCGGACUAUGUCAAAACAUCAUAUGCAUAA